UGCUCCUUCUGCGGAUUUACUCUCACACUCUCUCUGAGCUUUUUUCUUUUCCCCUUUUGCGGAAUAUCUUCAUCUUCAUCAUGACUUUUGAGGAAGUUCUGAUCCAGAAACCCACCGAGCGCGCGCUGUGCGCCGGUCCGGCCCUGGAGGAGGUCCUGGUGUCUGCCAAGGACAACGACAGCCUGACCGUGGGCGUCUAUGAGUGCGCCAAAGUCAUGAACCUAGACCCGGACAGCGUGUCCUUCUGCGUCCUGGCCAUGGACGAGGAGUUCGAGUGUGACAUCGCCCUGCAGAUCCACUUCACCCUCAUCCAGUCCUUCUGCUUCGACAACGACAUCAGCAUCGUCAGAGUGGGAGACAUGCAGCGACUGGCCGAGAUAGUGGGCGACAAAGCGGAUCAGCUGGAGGACACCCACUGCAUCCUGAUCACGAACCCGGCUGACGGCUCUUGGGAGGAUCCGGCUCUGGAGAAGCUGCACCUGUUCUGUGAGGAGAGCCGCCGUCUGAACGACUGGGUCCCCGAGAUCCACCUGCCCGAGCGCUGAACCGGAUCCCAGACCCACGUUUGGCUUCUUAUCUGGAAAUACUCAUCCAGAGCAGGAUGAGCCUGUUUCUACUGGUCCCUGGAUACUCCUGAGGAGGAUCCUGUCCAGGCAGCACGGCGCCGGCCCCAGGUGGGCCCCAGGUGGGCCAAGAUGGCCCCCAGGUGGGCCCCGGGUGGCCCCCGUGCCCCCGUCGCCUCUCGUCCCGUCCAUGCCAAGAUGACUCUCAUUCUUUGUGUGAAUGAGGUCGGGUAUGCCACGAGAGCGACUCAUCGACCCUCAUUCUUUGUGCGGAUGAGGUUUGGAGAGGAAGGAGAAGCGCGUUCUGCGUCCUGUGGUCCCACAGAGCAAAUGUCGCACGUUGAAGCACGCGCAGCAGGAGAAGAAGCGGUGCUGAGGAAGAGGCGUCCUUAGAAAGGGACUUUUUAAAGACGACCUCUGAGCUGAGCAACAACUCCAACUGUUGAACCAGCGCAAAUGUUUCCCACUUUCCAGAAUUGUCUUAAUUCUCUAAAGGUUUCACUUUAGAAAUUUAACGAUAAUGUUCUAAAACUAAAAAAAAAAGAAAAAAAAAAAAGAUACUUUGAAACGUCUGUUCUCUAAAGGUUUCACUUUAGAAAAAGGCGAAAAUAUUAAGAAAAUAACAUGAAUUUGUAACAUUAUUGUAGAAGAAACUCAUGAUGUUCUGUUAGAAAAACAACAUGAGGUCAUUGUUGGAAACUAAUUUAUUCCUUUCUAAGGGUUUCACUUUAGAAAGAAGCUCAUAUGAAAUAAAAGCUGGAUCUGUAACAUUAUUUUAGAAGAAACUCAUGAUGUUUCAUGAAGGUUUAAAGAUGGAAACACUGUUGGAAACAAACUGACUUCUGAGUGGAAAAUGUUCAAUAAAGAGCACAGAAGCACA